CAAAUCCAGAUGGUGGCGGUAAUGCUCCAAAAAGCUGGUUGCCAACCGCCAGAAAACACAAGAAGAAGAAGAACUGAUCUGCAAGCGGUAGUAAACACACUUUACUCUUCCUUCCUGUCACUGGCAAUAAUAAACUGAAAGCUGUUCCACUCGGUCGGUUAUUCAGUUUCCUUAUGUCGCGUUUUACUUGGGAACUUAAGACAUUUAUGCCUUUUAUAAAUGUGUUGAGGUUUCAUUAUUAACUUAGGGUAAUUUAGCCUUUUGGUUAGCAGUUGCAGCACUAACAAAGAAGUUUGUUAUUUUUAGGAAAAUGGAAAAUUACAUAUAAAAGAAACACGUUGCGUUGAACCGAUCUCCUUAAACCGGUUUGCCAGACUAUUACCAGCUCGUAUUUCUAAAUUUGUAUUGUAGCUUGACCACAUGACAAGAACCAAACAGACUGAGGUAAAUGUGGUUUUAUAUUCGCACAUUUAGAGAUUCUCCUUAAUAAAAUUUCAGAAAAAUAUUAUUUGCAAAUUCUUAAUGAGGAAAUCAUAUUUGCAACCGUAAACAAUAUAGGGACCGUUAAAUCAACAAAUGUGGGAAUAUAAAACCAUUUUACCUCAGUACCAAACGGAUCUAAAACCAGCAAACCAACUUGCUUACGUUGUUUUUUCCAAGAAACAUUUUUUUUCUCCUUUUUUAAACAUUCAGUAAUCAAUUGCAAAUAUGCAGGUGUGGAAAACAAGUAUUAGAGUGUACCAGGUGUCCAGCCAAACGACCAAAAGAUGUUUGGUUGGGCUGAAUAAAUUGUAUUUCACACCAGUAUUUUGUGCACAGCAUAAUUGCACAAGAGCAUUUUUCUAUCCAAGAGACCUUGUUUUAAAGUCAGAUGAGAUAUUUUCCUCCAAUAAACUCAAAAACACAUUUGCCACAAACAGAACUGAAAUUCACAAAUCAACAAAAACUCAGAGAAGACCAUCCCAGACACCAUUUUCAAAAACAGAGAAAAGGCUGUCAUCAGAACUUCAGAAACUGAGAUUUGAGGAUUUUAGCGAGUCAGAAUCAGGAAGGAUCCAAAAAGACUCCCAGCCAAAUCAAGAUAAAGAGUUCGAGAUUGUGUUCGGGGUGGCCCCGUGUUUACUGGCCCUCACUCAGGGAAGGAGGAGUGUAAGUUGUCUGUUUGUAAAGAGUGGCGAGGGGCCGGAGAGAGAUGCCAUUCUAAGGGUCUGUCAGGAGGCCAUCAGACGUGGUGUGCAGAUAAAGAGAGUUAAUAAACAAACACUUGAGAAGAUGUGUGCUGGAAAGGUACACCAGGGGCUGUGUCUGCAGGCAAGUUGUCUUGGGUUUAUUAAAGAAGAAAGCCCAAUAACAUCUCUUGAGGUGAAGAAUCAGAGGCCCUUAUGGCUGGUUUUGGAUGGAGUGCAGGAUCCAAUGAAUCUUGGUGCCAUUUUGCGGUCUGCGUACUAUCUAGGAGUGGAUCGGAUUGUCAGCAGCAUUAAUAACAGCUGUCCUCUGACGCCUACUGUAAGCAAAGCCAGCGCUGGUGUGAUGGAGGUCAUGGAUGUGUUUGGCUGCAGCAAUUUGAAACACAUGAUAAAGGUGAAGGUGGAGGAAGGCUGGCAGGUAGUCGGCACUGUUGGGUUCGAGGAAGGCAAUUCUCAAUCCAAUGUUAUGGCAUGUUCAAAUUUCAAGAUAUCCAGACCAACACUGCUGUUAAUGGGUGGAGAGGGUGACGGCCUCUCUCCAGAACUGCGUCAGCUGUGUGACGUUCUUAUCACCAUCCCUCCACGCAGACACAUGCAUCCUGGAGUAGAGUCACUCAAUGUGUCGGUAGCCACAGGCAUCCUGCUACACUCUCUUCUGUCCACCCGCGAAGUAAACUGUUGAUGAUGAUGAUGGCAACAGCGACAAGGCUGCAGAAUUAUUUACUCCGACGUCUCUCAUUAGCCUCCUACAGUGAUUAAUGACUGUAUUACUUCAUCAAUUAACAGUCGGAGAGUCUGGAGAGGCCCAUUGAUCAGAAAGAGAGAGCUUGUAGAUGCAUUCUGGUCCAGUUACUGACUAUGACCACCUUGUUUAAGGCAAGACCUGCACUGCUCAGGGUCUCUAUCAUCUCAGCAAUGAUCGAGACAUGCUUUUAAAAGCAGAGGCGUAAUGAUUCAUUAAUCAUCUACUUUACGAAUUGUUACAGUAGACUUUUGCCACAUUUAAAUUGAUAAAGUAAUGUUAAAUUACCCAUGGAUGUUUUUGAUGUUACAGUAAAAAUAAAAUGAUGAAAAGCCAUGGAAGCAAUUCAGUGUUAAACUGUCAAUGUAAUGUAGUACUUCAGUGUAAUUCUAUUGUUGUUACACAUAACUAUUUUUUUUAUUUUUUUGACAUUUGUUUAUUUGUAUGUUUGGUUGUUUUGUUUUGUUUUGUUUUUUACCAAAAUCUUGGUAAAUUUCAUGUCAACAAAUCCUUGCUUUUCCUUGGAAACAAACAUUUGCUUUUAGUGUUGCUACUGGCGCAGAAUGCUCUGCUGUUUAAGCCACCAAACAAGAUUUUAGAGAAGACGUGAAUAGAUUUAUUCUGCAAGGUCACUUGAAAUUGUAAAAAAAAUACAU